AUGGCUUACUCAGAUGGUGAUGAGUACUUUCAGGAAAUUGAAUUCAAGAAGAAGGGGAGCUUGAGCCCCAAAGAGCUUGAUGCUUUGGUAUCUGUUUUAGAAUUAGCUGGUGGAAAGUUGAAACAAAAUAAGACCUUAGAAAGAAAACCCAGGGAAGGUAAUGCAAUGGUGCCGUCUGCAGAAAAAUCAGUUGCUAGUCUUGAGUCCAUGGGAGUUAGAAUUUAUGGACUCAAUGAAGCCUGUGGUUACUCCUCAAACAGUGAGAUUUCAUGGGACACUAUUGCUGGAUACGAUCAGCAAAAAAGAGAGAUAGAGGAUACAAUACUGUUGGCUCUGCAUAGUCCUGAAGUAUAUGAUGAUAUCGCUCGCGGGACCCGGCGCAAGUUCGAGUCAAACAGGCCUAGAGCUGUGCUCUUUGAAGGUCCCCCAGGUACAGGGAAGACAUCUUGCGCUCGUGUUAUUGCUAACCAAGCGGGUGUCCCUUUGCUAUAUGUGCCUCUGGAGGUUGUCAUGUCAAAGUACUAUGGUGAAAGCGAACGCUUGUUAGGAAAAGUGUUUUCACUUGCUAAUGAGCUCCCUAACGGUGCUAUCAUUUUUCUUGAUGAGAUAGAUUCUUUUGCUGUAGGCCGUGAUAAUGAAAUGCAUGAAGCUACACGCAGAAUUCUAUCGGUGUUGUUCAGGUGA